UAUAGGUUGUAAGGUGAAUAUAGGUUAAGAAAUUGUAAGAUAGUCCAUAGAUUCAAUACGCUGUGACAAUGGUGAGGAUGUUUGAAUUUGCUCUUUUUUCCAUCGGCUUGCAUCUUUGCGUGUCGGCCGAAUCAGACCAGCACAUCCUACAGGAGUUUGAGAAAAUGAGAGCUGAAAUGGCAGAACUUAAGAAAAGCAACGAAAUAAUGUCCGAGGAAAUGCGAGAACUCAAAGCCAUAGUAAGACAAAAAUCAAACACUGGCGUACAACGAAACAAGCGAGUGUUGUCGAACUAUGGAGUAUCGUUCUCCGCCGAGUUGGGCAGCCAUCUUCAUAAGAUCGUCCGAGGCCAGCCGAUCGUGUAUGACAGAGUCCAUCUCAACUAUGGUAACGGUUACAACAGCUCUAACGGUAUUUUCGUCGUGCCACUGGACGGGGUGUACGUUUUUUACUGGAACCUGAUGACCGACAGUACCAGCGCCCUCGACACAACUCUGAUGUCAUCAAGGAGCCGCCUGGCUGACGGUUAUGCUCAUGCAGGUAGUACAGGUGGGAACCUUAUCUUGGUCCAACUAAACACAGGGGACAGUGUCUACGUCGAAAAGGCGGACAAUUACGGAAACUUCCUCCACGACAGAUUCACCACAUUCUCCGGGUUUCUUUUGCAUGAGGUAGAAGAGGCACCUAUAUUUGGCUGAUUUUUUUAAUUCAACACAAAGAAUUGAAAAAUUGGCUUGAAAUCACUAUCAAAAUAGCGAACGGAAACUUCAUCACGACAUAUACACCUAGCUCGUUCUCCGGGUUUCUUUUGCAUGAGGUAUAUUUGGCUGAAAUUUGAAUCCCACACAAACAGUUGAAAAAUCGGCAAGACAGCAUUAUCAAUAUAACAAACAAUACACAAAUUUUCGAUAUAAUUGGUGGAAAACUCAAUAAAUUGU